ACGGAUGAAAUUCCAGACUUUGAUUUCAAAGCAAGGAGAGUCACAAAAGCGGAUUCGGUGGCGGGGGCCCUCAUUGGCCCGCUCACCUAAGCAAAGAGUGGAGUUAGGGCUGAAACCAUCGGCUACCGGAAGAUCUCGGUUCCGUCUCCACAACUACCACCCCGCCGAGCACUUUCUGUGGUUUUUGGCCCGUCGUUUUCGCUUUUGGCAGUAAUGUGCACCUUCUUCAUCUUCUCCUCAGCAUCGUUCCGUUUUUGCCAGCAGUACCCACACCCGCAUUCACGCAGCCAUAUUCGACAAGAUGCCUCCUAAGAAGAACAAGAAGGAUGCCAACAGCAUCAACUCGCGCCUUGCGCUUGUCAUGAAGUCUGGAAAGGUCACUCUCGGCUACAAGUCGACCCUCAAGAGCCUGCGAUCUGGCAAGGCCAAGCUGGUCAUCAUCUCCGGAAACACGCCGCCGCUGCGCAAGUCUGAGUUGGAAUAUUACUCGAUGCUGUCCAAGGCCCCCGUUCACCACUUCUCGGGCACCAACAUCGAGCUGGGCACCGCCUGCGGUAAACUCUUCCGCUGCUCCACGAUGGCCAUCAUAGAUGCUGGUGACUCGGAUAUCCUCGCCGACCAGCAGGCCUAGGAAGUUUAGACUAGAACACGGCAUCGUGGAACGGCGUUGGGGUUCAAAUCUGGGGAGGGACAGGGUCGUCGCGGCUCGUCGUUCGCGUACGAUUCCCGCUGGUAUCUCUUGCGUAUUUGCAAGUGCCUCUUCGGAGAGCGCAGCUCCUAGAGGGAUUCUUUGAGUAGCCUCUCUUUAGACGACUACUGAAUGUCAAUUAGGACGAAAAAAAAAGGUUAACCUGAUACAAAAUACAAGUGAUACCCAAGCAG